UCAAGCUUUGAGUUUACAACCCAUUCAGCGAAAGCUGCUGGCUAAUCCAAAGAGGCUCAAAGUACAUAACUGUUCUGAACACGGAGAGUCAAGACGGAAACCAUGAGCAGUCUUCCAGGAACCACAUGUUUGGUCCUCUUAGUCUCUGUACUCCUUUUGACUGUCCCGGGUUCUCAUGGGGGGAAGAUCCUGGUGUUCCCAGUGGACGGCAGUCACUGGGUCAACAUGAACCUGCUGAUUGAGGGACUCCAUGCCAGAGGACACAACAUUACUGUGGUGCGAUCUGCUAGCAGCUGGUAUGUCAAGGAGAAGUCUCCCCACUACACCUCUAUCACGGUCCAUCUGCCAGAGACCAUCAACAUCGAGAGGCAGGACUUCUUUGUAUCCUUUCUUAGCCGCAUGUUGGAGAUCCAGAGGAAAGGUGCAUCUGUCCUCGCUUUCAUCUCCUUCUAUUGGGAGAUGCUCACUUCAUUGUCAGAAAUUCACCGGCAAGCCAGUCAGCUUGUGGUGGAGAUGUUUGAGAACCCACAGCUCAUGCAGAGUCUCCAGGACACUCAGUUUGAUUUGGUUCUCAUGGACCCUGGUCUGCCUGUGGGUGUUCUGGUGGCACAUCAACUGCAGCUCCCCACAGUUUUUAAUGUCCGCUGGAUCACCAGUGGAGAGGGACAUUUUGUGGUUGCUCCUUCUCCAAUCUCAUAUGUCCCCACUUCUGGGUGUGCAGUACCAUCUGAGAUGACUUUUGCUCAAAGAAUCAAAAAUAUGUUUCACUAUGCCCUUAACAUCUGUAUUGACACAUUUGUAGUGAGUCCUCAUUACAACAGACUGUGCGCCCGAUACUUUGGGCCCAACACCAACUUCUACCAUCUACUCCAGUCCAUUGACAUCUGGCUUAUGAGAGUGGAUUUUGUCUUUGAGUUCCCACGUCCAACUAUGCCUAAUAUUGUAUACAUUGGUGGGUUCCAGUGCAAACCUUCCAAGGCCUUGCCAUCAGAGCUGGAGGAGUUUGUGCAGAGCUCUGGAGAACAUGGGGUCAUUAUCAUGUCACUGGGGACUCUGAUCAAGGGCUUACCUAUUGACAUUACAUCUGGGAUUGCUGCAGCAUUCGCCCAGCUUCCACAGAAAGUCAUCUGGAGGCACCUUGGGGAGCAGCCUCAAAACUUGGGCAACAACACCCUGCUGGUGCAGUGGAUGCCCCAGAAUGACCUCCUAGGUCACCCUAAGGUCAAGGCCUUUGUGGCCCAUGGAGGGACUAAUGGUGUGUAUGAGGCUAUAUACCAUGGUGUACCGGUGGUAGGCUUGCCACUGCUAUUUGACCAGUUUGAGAACCUUCUGAGGUUGGAGGUUCGAGGGGCAGCUAAGGUACUGGAUGUCACCAAGCUCACCAGCAAGAUCUUCCUGGAGGCCCUGCAAGAUGUUCUGUACAAGUCCUCAUACCACAGCAAUAUGCAGCGUCUCUCCAGGCUCCAUCGAGACAAACCCCUCCAGCCUCUGGACAGUGCCUAUUUCUGGAUCGAGUUCGUCAUGAGGCACAAAGGAGCAAGCCACCUGCGCACAGAGUCCUAUAAGAUGCCAUGGUAUGCAUACCACUCCCUGGAUGUGAUCGGCUUCCUCCUGCUUGCUGUGGUGGUGCUGAUGGCUAUAGUGGUGGCCAUUUUCCACUUCCUGUGCUGCAGGGUCUGCAGGAAGAAGAAACCCAAGCAAGAGUGAGCACUGGUAUCAGAAUGAAAGAGAAGGGGAAGUGACUGCCACUCAUCACAUGACAGUCAGAAGAUAAGCUAUACUAUGCUAAAAAAAAAAAAA